UAAUGAAUUUUUGCUAAUACACAGUAAUGACAUGUUUUCCUUCUGUACAGUUUGCAGCAGUAUGGACCUCAGGAAUACCAUUAGUGCCCUCAAAAAGCUGUUGUCGCUGCCGCAUUAUCGACGGUCACCUUCACUUCGUUCUCCAGGAGCAGCGAGACAACACCUCCGUCGACCUUCUGGGACGGUAUACCUUCCCUGGUCUGAGAGAGAUAACACAUCAUCUUCUCAUGUACCGAGUCUUCAACCUCACCUCUCUAAGAUGGCUCUUCCCUAAUCUUGCUGUAAUCAGGGGCAGCGUGCUGUUUCACAACUACGCUCUGGUCAUCUACGACAUGCCUGGGCUACAAGAUGUUGGUCUCGUCUCACUCACCGCAAUACUCAGAGGCUCAGUUCGCAUUGAGAGGAAUCCCAGGCUGUGUUACCUUCACACUGUCGACUGGUCCAGCAUCACUCUGAACCCUCUAGUUGAGAACUACGUCAAUCGGAACCGUCCUGACUCCGAGUGUCCUCCCUGCACAGGAAGCUUGAGAUGUCUUCCUUCCACGGAAUGUGGACCCCCUCGUUGCUGGGGCCCCUAUGACUGUCAGACCUUGUGUGGGGAGUGUCCAGGAGGAUGCGUGAAGGGAGAGUGUUGUCAUGAAGAGUGUGUGGGUGGCUGCCUCACUCCUAACAAUGCCACCUCCUGCCACGCCUGCAGGAACGUCCUCGACCACGACACAUGUGUUCCCUCCUGCACCAGCCCCAAGUUCAAGGUGUCUGAGCACAGAUGUGAGCCUCGUGAGGUGUGUUCAGUGAACUACGCCAUUAAGAGGGACACACAGGAAUGUGUGGAACGUUGUCCUACAGGUUACAAUACAACCACCGUCUUUGAUGGCUCCCGUUACAUCACUCAGUGCGACCCAUGUAAAGGUAUGGUGUGUACCAAGCGUUGUUCAGCGACAACAGUCAAGAGUAUCAGUCACGCCCAGUUACUGCGAGGUUGUACUAUCAUCAACGACUUCCUUACCAUCUACAUCAAUGGUGGGGAGAACAUGGAAAGAGAACUAGAAGAGAACCUGAGCAGUGUAGAGGAGAUUACUGGAUACCUCAAAGUCUUUCAUUCUAAUCUCACGUCCCUCAAGUUUCUCCGCAAUCUCAAGACGAUACACGGCCAGACACUUGCUCAUGGCAAGUACUCGCUGGUGAUAGUGGACAACCCGAGGUUAGAGUCAGUAUGGAACACAACCAACCUGACCAUCAUCAGAGGUCUGGUCUUAGUGCAGUUCAACCCCAGACUCUGUCUCCACCAUCUUCACACCCUCAUCAACAACACCAACAUCACAGGACUUUCCGAGAAUGAUGUUUCUUCCACCUCCAAUGGUGACAAAGUUCCGUUCACCUCUGUAUCUAACUCCUUUGCAGUCCUGGACUCUGUGGUCCCUACUUAUUCACCUCCUACUGUUCUCCAGUCUUCAUCUCACACGCAAGCUUCUAUGUCUUCAAGACCUCGCACAACUCCUUCCAAGUCCAACAGAUCCCCUAAAGAAUUAGAAUCAACACUCUCCGCUUGCCCAUCAUCGGCAGCUGGGCCGGGCGGCUUUCAUAUCUGUUAUAUGUAUGCUCCAGAAUUGACAUUCAUCAGCCCUUGCGGUCCUCUUACGUCUCUUAAUCUUAUUUAA